AUGUUGGAAAUUAUUUUGGAAGGUAUAUUUCAAUCAUGUUUUACAUUUUCUAUCCCAACUUGGGUCGUUAUUAUUGCUGUCAUAUUAGCGUGCUGGUUAAUCUACUGGGAUAAAUCAUUUUCCAAAUUGAAGGUAAAGGGUAAACCAUUGUUUUCGGAAGUAACUCAUAAUUCUUUGGAAAUUUCGUGGAAAAAGCCUUUAUUUGCAGAUCCAGAGUAUUACAUAGUAUAUUACAGAGAGCUUCAUGCACCAGAAAAAUGGGACUCUCUUAGAACUUCAGACAAAUCGCAAACAAUCACUCUAGACAACCUUUCGCCAAAUACAAAAUAUAAAGUAAAAGUCAGCGCAUGCUCUGGAACAGAAGUUGGUCCUCCAGGGGAGGAAAGCGAUGAAAUCAUCACUAAAAGUUUAGCGUUUAAAAUAAAACUGGAAUCCACGCUAGUCAAUGGAUCAUCUACAAAUUCCAUCUCAAAAUAUGCUGUACCCAGAAAAUUUGAAAAUUACGAAGAAAUGAAGAUACAGUCAAUAAAAAUAGGGAAAGAGGAUGUAAGUGCACGAAAUGCAGAUCGGAAAUGUAUUCUGCUAAUGAGUACCCCGCAUUCAGGAAAAACAACCCUUGUUGAAGGGUUCAUGAAUUAUAUCUUUGGGGUAAACUUUGAUGAUCCCUUUCGACUUUGUUUGGCAAAGGAUGAUCCUGAUGAGGCAAAUCAUGAUUGGAUCAAGAUAUACCAAUUUGACGAAUUUGAAGGAGGGAGAAUAACUUUUCCAAUUACAAUAAUUGAUAUUCCGAGAUUUUGUUCCUCAAGGAAUGGAGACGAAAAACAAUUAUAUAAGCAAAUACAUUUUGUUAUGAAUUCGGUUUGCAAAGAAAUUAACUUGCUUUGUUUGGUCACAAAAGGGAGCGAUUUUGACAUGUCUGAAGACCAAAUUAGAUAUUUUAAGUCCAUCUUAUAUUCCUUUGAGGAUCAUUUGUUGGAACAUUUCUGUCUUUUCUAUACUUUUGCAGAUGCAGGUGAAGCUCAUAUUGAAGAAAUACUUCAAGGGAGUGAAAUUACACCAGUUAAGUCCUUUCACGUUAAUUGGUCUUCUCUUUUUAAAAGCAAACAUCGCUUUUCCCCACUUUUCUGGCAAAUGAAUUCAUAUCACCUGGAAUCAUUUCUUGACUUUGUAAGACAGUCGUCUGCUGUGGAUAUCCGCAGAAAGAAAGAUAUGCCAACACCCGAAAAACGAGAGGAGCUAAAAAAUGAUAUAGCUACUCUUCAGCCAGAGAUAACCAAAGAUCUAUCAGAAAUGGGAGAAAUAAAGAUUCAAAUAGUAAUAUUCACUACUCGAAAAGAGGAGAUCGUGUCAAAUGGCGACAUAUCCUUUACAAUAGAAGAAAUCCGACAAAUAAGAAAAGAUCUUGAGCCAGGCGUACAUGUAACAAAUUGUAUGCAUUGUUUUUACACCUGUCAUAAAAAUUGUGGCAUUCCGGAUGACGACGGAAAGAAAAAUUGUAGUGCUAUGGAUGAAGUUGGGUACUGCACGGUAUGCACAAAUCAUUGCAUAUGGUCUAUCCAUAAAAACACUCCAUACAUUUAUGAGUACAUAAAGGAAGAGAUCACAAAAUCAUACCAACAGAUGAAAGGGAAUUACGAAAAAGAAAAGGGUAAAGAGCUUACAUAUGAUGAAUACCUAGAAAAUCUUAACAAGGACAUAAAGGCACUGCUUAUGAGGCUGCAUGGAAAAGUACAAAGAAUGGCAGAGUGUCAACAUGAACUGCAAGGCAUCGAACAAAGUCCAAUUGCCCGAUCAGUUGGCGAAACAAUCGACGAUUUGAUUGAAGCGGAAAAACGAAAACAAGAAAAGGGAUUUGAAAAAAGAAUUGAGAUGUGUGAGGAAUUAAAGAAGUACUCAAAAUUGGUAAAAAUUAGUCGAGUUCAAAGUAAAAACGAAUGUGGUGUUCACGUGCAAUCUGUAUGUCCAACAAGCACACAGACUCAACCUCAAAAUACAACUGUGGAUGCUGCUCUUGUCAAAAUAUCUAGUGGACGCCAGCCAGAAAGAGGGUUUUUUGCUGGUCUUUCGGUUGAGGACUUGGAAAAUAAAGGAUUUAGUAAAAACAAUCCCCCAGAAUAUAAAAGUGGGGAGAUAAGAGAUCUUCGAGGACAAUUAUCAGGAUUGCACAGAUUCAAAACCUGUAUAAAAGUUGGAUCAUCAUCGGGUUUAACAAAAGGAGUGCUGCAUUUGAAUUCCGCUUGUGUAAGACGUCAAUCAUACACCCUUACAGGCCAAACUCAAAACGUUGUAAUUCACAAUCAACUCGAAAUUUGUCCGCAGGCGGACCACUUUUUUGCAACAAGUGGCGAUUCGGGUGCUCUUGUUUUCCAAAUCGAGCCAGGCAUUUCUUCGGCUGAUGAUAAGUUGAUUUGCAUUGGGAUGAUCAUUGGCGUAAACAGUUAUGGGUAUUGCUUAGCAACUCCCAUAAAUGAGGUUCUAGAACGCUUGCCAAUUUCAAAUAAAAGCAAACUUUAUGCCUUCAGAGAGGAGGCCAUGAACCAAUGA